AUGCACCAAAGUCUCUUGCACUCGCCGUUACCAGAUAGCAGCUUUUCCACAGGAAGAACGAGUUUCGGUUCCGGAUCGACUGAUCGAUUACUUUAUCUCAAACUUAGCGAGCCUGAGGACGCCAGAGCAACGGUACUUGAGGAUACAUACUUAUAUAUCUUCGUCCACCCUGUAAACGUUAUAUCCAAGUCAGCACUGUCUGUCGUCAGUGGUUGUUCCUGUGCCGUACUCCCUGUCUUCGGAACACGUCCCCCACCAAACAAAAAACAACGCUCAUCCUGCGCGCACCUCGCCCAAAGCAAAACACUCCAACGAGGCCACGUUCGAACCUCAUUAAAAUAUCAAACACUGUGGCUGCCCCAUAUCAUAUCGACGAGUACCCUGGAAAACGAGCCCCGGGGACUUGAUUCCCUCGAAGACUUGAACGAGCCGCUGCUUCUAGUACAGCAGAUGGCUCACCAAAGACCACCGCCACACAUGAGCGGAGCAGGAGGAGGUCACCUUUAUGAGUUAGAUCUAAGUGGCCUCCGAGAUGAGGAAGACGAUCAAGAUGUCGAACCACACUAUCAGCAUCACCCGCCCCCGUCGCAUCACCAGCAUCCCCAACAUACACACCACCAUCACAUGCCCGAUCAGCCACCACCUUCAAAGAUCGCACGAACUGGUCCUGUUAUGGGACCCGGUGGAGGCUCACAAAUGGGAAUGGCCGGACCUUCAAAUGUUGCAGGUCCGUCGAAUAUGUCGCAAAUGCCUGCACCAGCACCGAGACCACGGGGGCCAAAACUCAAAUUUACCCCCGAGGAUGAUCAACUUCUAGUCGACCUCAAAGAAAACAAGGCGUUGACAUGGAAACAAAUUGCGGACUUCUUUCCUGGGCGGUCCUCUGGGACCUUGCAGGUCAGAUAUUGCACUAAGCUCAAAGCCAAAACAACACAGUGGACAGAUGAGACUGUGUUACGGCUCCGCAAUGCCAUGGUCGAGUACGAGCAGGACCGCUGGCGUUUAAUCGCAGCCAAGGUUGGCAACGGGUUUUCCCCAGCAGCUUGCAAGGAAAAGGCGAAAGAGUUGGACGAGCAAUAG